CACCAAUAAAGUGGUUCGAGCUGCGGACCGGCACAGUCGACAGCUAUAAGAACUUCCAUUCAUUUGAAAAACCAACCUCUUUCUAAAAGCGUGUUGUGGUGGUCCGGGAUUUCCGAAGGCAGGAUUGAGAGGAAACAGUUCUACCAUAAAAGCAGUAAAGACAAAGAACAAUGUCUGUCGAUGCAUUUGCAGCUCUCCGGAGAACCCAAGGAGAGGAACUUGGGAGGCUGGCAGAGGAGCAUUUCAAACAUGAUCUACGAGAAGAAGACCGCGACUUACUGCGUUCCGCCGCAUCCAAAGCUUCCACACACGCCUUCAUCGGCUCCCUUGCGGGUAUUGCGUUAGGGAGCUUCCUUGCCUUCCGACUACGAGCAAACCGCAAUGCUAUGUAUCAAGCCUUCCGUGCCGCCGAGAAGCCCACACACGUUCGAUUCGCAAGCGGCCGUGAGGAGGCAAUCCCGGACAUCACCCCUUUGCUCCAGCCCACACCGUUAGGAGACGUCAUGACGUACACCUUCUUUGGUAUUGCGGGCCUAUUUUUGGGUGGUGAGACCGGCUUGCUCACUGGAACAUGGUCAGCGAGGAGGACCAUUGCCCAAGACCCGGAUCGGCGGGAAAGAAUCGAGAAGGCGUUUCGGUCGUUCAGGGCAGAUGUGCUGAGAAAACAACUUCAAGAGCUGGAGGCAGGGAAGGAGGAGAGCAUUUGGUCGUAAAACAGAGCGUCGGCGACCUUGUUAGAAGGGCUUUGGGUCGGAAAAGCAGGUAAUGUCGAGCAUUAAUGGGACCAAGAUACACUUUCACAAAUGGACAAACACGACCUUCACAACUGGAUCUGAGCUCUACUUGCCUUCCCGGGAAUACGGUAAUCAGCUGAUUCUUACCUGCGACUGACGGCGAUUGGACUAAAUCGCGCUGAUAUACUCACAGGAAAGAAACUAUCUAGGUCCCUUCCCGACGACAGGUAUUCUUCACUGGGACUGAGCGCUCGUGAUUGUGUGGAAUGGAGCCAGGACGACAAUGGCAGCCCUGUUUGAGUGUUUCACUCAGAGUCUUUACCGCGGACGCUCUGAGUGUCAUUCCUCCCAACCCUUUGUCACCUGCUUGACGGUUCCCAGCGCAAACGCAGUGUCAUGAGCAAACCACAAUAGUAUCACGCUCAUACUUUCGCCUUCUCUAUAUUCACCACUCUAUGUUACUAGGGAGAGACGUAGAUAUAUAUUUUGCCACAGUAGCAUGCCCUCGAUCUUCUUGAUCUCCGCCGAAUAUCCAUCGCCUUGCAAGUUCGAACUAUCCCCGCCCGACAUUCCACAAUA